ACCUCGUGGUGGUUAGAAGCUGUCUGGCUCACCGCUGUUCAAAGGUCUAUAAACUUUGAUUACGUCGGCCAGUUAUUAAAAUGUCUUAUGCUAAAGAAACCUCCAAGGCUCCUCCAGCCGAACAAGUAAAAAAUCACAGGAUUAGGAUUACCUUGACCAGCAGAAAUGUGAAAAGUCUUGAAAAAGUUUGCUCUGACCUGAUUUCUGGAGCUAAAGAUAAGCAAUUGAAAGUUCGUGGACCAGUUAGGAUGCCAACCAGAAUCCUGAGAAUAACAACCCGAAAGACACCUUGUGGUGAGGGUUCCAAGACCUGGGAUAGAUUUCAGAUGAGAAUCCACAAAAGAAUCAUUGAUCUUCACUCACCAUCUGAAAUUGUGAAGCAAAUUACAUCUAUAAGCAUUGAACCAGGAGUAGCAGUAGAAGUCACCAUUGCUGAUGCUUAAAUAUCAAGAUGAUCUGAUUCUUGAAAAAUAAAAAAAAAUGAAAAAUAUAACAUGUUUUACUUUGACAAUUCUUGCUUUGUGUUAAGUAUCAAUAAGCUUAUCACAUACAGGUUACUCAAACUUUCUGUAGAAGGGAAAGAAGAAUUUUGACUGUAUAGCUUGUUUUGAAUAGAUUACAUGUCCUAUUUAAUUUGAACAUAAGUGGUUUUGUCCCAAUUCUCAAAGGCAGAGCAAUCAAUCGGGAAUGUUUCUGACAAAUAUUCUGAAGGCUUAGUGGCAAAUUCAAAGUUUGUUCAAAGCACGAAUGAAGCAUUAGUAUACGGGUUCCGUGUCAAAAAUUGAAUUGCGUCACGACUUCUGACCUUACCCCAGUUACCGAUAAAACUGGAUAUGGGAAGCUGGUCGUAAAUGAAAAUGUUAAGCUAAUCAUUUGAUAAAUUAGGACAAUCAAUUUAACAUUAAAAUUAUUGUGGUCGGU